AUGGGAGAAGAAGUGAAGGGAGGUGCAGUUGUGCCAGAAUCAGUGUUGAAGAAGCAAAAGCGAAAUGAGGAAUGGGCUCUUGCAAAGAAGCAGGAGCUUGAAGCCACCAAGAAGAAGAGGGCUGAGAGUAGGAAGCUGAUCUUCAAUAGAGCAAAACAGUAUGCAAAGGAGUAUGAGGAGCAGGAAAAGCAGCUGAUUCAAUUGAAGCGUGAGGCAAGAUUGAAGGGUGGUUUUUAUGUCAACCCAGAAGCUAAGCUGCUAUUCAUUAUCCGAAUCCGAGGGAUCAACGCAAUUGACCCGAAGACAAGGAAAAUCCUGCAGCUUCUGCGUCUGAGGCAGAUUUUUAAUGGUGUCUUUUUGAAAGUCAACAAGGCAACCAUGAACAUGUUGCACCGGGUUGAGCCUUAUGUGACAUAUGGAUAUCCAAAUCUGAAGAGUGUCAGGGAAUUGAUUUACAAGAGGGGAUAUGGAAAACUAAACAAGCAGAGAACUGCUUUGACUGACAAUUCUAUCAUUGAAGCGGCUUUGGGCAAGUAUGGAAUCAUCUGUGUUGAAGAUCUGAUUCAUGAAAUCAUGACUGUUGGCCCCCACUUCAAGGAGGCAAACAAUUUCUUAUGGCCCUUCAAGCUGAAAGCACCAUUGGGUGGUUUGAAGAAGAAGAGGAAUCACUAUGUAGAGGGAGGUGAUGCAGGGAACCGUGAAGACUAUAUCAACGAACUCAUCAGGAGGAUGAACUAG